CCAUGCCCUCGCAGCUGGCAGCCCCUCCAAGCAGUGCCGUCACAAGGCAGCAGACUGCAUCAAUGGUUAAGCCCGGGGGCAUUUGCUCUGCCGCAGGUUACUGGAAAGCAGUUUGUGGCAUCAUAGACAAUCACAGAAUGCUUUAUUUUACAAGACUCAUUUUGUUCUUGUUUUGCCUGAUGGUUCUUGUGGAGAGCAGAAAGCUCAAGCAGAGGAGAUGGACAGGGCAGCUGGAAAUGCCCAAGCCAAGUCACCUAUAUAAGAAGAACCUCGAUGUGACCAAAAUCCGAACAGGAAAACCUCAGCCGCUUCUCAGAGUGGACGACCAUGAUUUCACCAUGAGGCCCGCCUUUGGAGGCCCUGCCAUCCCGGUGGGCGUGGACGUGCAGGUGGAGAGCCUGGACAGCAUCUCGGAGGUGGACAUGGACUUCACCAUGACCCUGUACCUGCGGCAUUACUGGAAGGACGAGAGGCUGGCCUUCUCCAGCACCAGCAACAAGAGCAUGACCUUUGAUGGCCGGCUGGUAAAGAAGAUCUGGGUCCCUGACGUCUUCUUUGUUCACUCCAAAAGGUCAUUCAUCCACGACACCACCACCGACAACAUCAUGCUGAGGGUGUUCCCGGAUGGGCACGUGCUGUACAGCAUGAGGAUUACGGUCACUGCCAUGUGCAACAUGGACUUCAGCCACUUUCCCCUGGACUCCCAGACCUGUUCUUUGGAGCUGGAAAGCUAUGCCUAUACAGAUGAAGAUCUGAUGCUGUAUUGGAAGAAUGGGGAUGAGUCCCUGAAAACAGAUGAGAAGAUCUCCCUGUCUCAGUUUCUGAUUCAGAAAUUUCACACCACUUCCAGACUGGCCUUCUACAGCAGCACCGGCUGGUACAACCGUCUGUACAUUAACUUCACAUUGCGUCGCCACAUCUUCUUCUUCUUGCUCCAAACCUAUUUCCCUGCCACCCUGAUGGUCAUGCUGUCCUGGGUGUCCUUCUGGAUCGACCGCAGAGCAGUGCCCGCCAGAGUUUCACUGGGAAUCACCACGGUGCUGACCAUGUCCACCAUCAUCACAGGCGUGAACGCCUCCAUGCCCCGCGUCUCCUACAUCAAGGCCGUGGACAUCUACCUCUGGGUCAGCUUCGUGUUCGUGUUCCUCUCGGUGCUGGAGUACGCAGCCGUCAACUACCUGACCACCGUGCAGGAGCGGAAGGAACGGAAGCUGCAGGAGAAGGCAGGAGAAGUUUUCCCGGGCAUGUGUGAAAUGCCUCAGUCAAGAACCAUGAUGCUGGAUGGAAGCUACGGUGAGUCUGAGGCCAACAGCCUGGCCGGGUAUCCGAGAAACCAUAUCCUGACAGAAGAAGAAAGGCAAGACAAAAUAGUGGUCCACCUGGCCCUGAGCAAUGAAUCCAACUCCUCCAGGAAGAAGGGGCUUCUGAAGGGCCAGAUGGGUCUUCGCAUCUUCCAGAACACCCAUGCCAUCGACAAAUACUCCAGGUUGAUAUUCCCUGCCUCCUUCAUAUUUUUCAACUUAAUUUAUUGGUCAGUGUUUUCCUAGGGGCUCUGAGGCUGUGCCUGGGAAAGGGCAUAGACAUCUCUGGGGCCUGACUAGCCUUCCCCAUGUGGACCUGCUGACCACACUCCCCUCACCAGACAGAGAAGCGGCUCCCGGACCACCACGAGCAGUGCCCCAUCUCUCGGAGGAGCCAGGACCCCUCCAGCUGCACUUCCCCGGAGCUCACGGGAUUGCUCCUCAUUCAUGCUGUGCUCUGUGUCCCACUUCAUGCCUCGCUGGGACUGUCAUCUUCUGUUCUUGUGUUUGAACAGUUUCACGAGAGCACCCCUCCAAUAAAAAAGGACUCACAUGCCUCCCAGAUGUUCUGAGACCCUUAUGAAGCCUAGGAUUCAGUUGCAAAGGGGAAGGGAAAAAUGAAGGGCAAGCUUAGGGGCUUUCUGGAUAGGAGAUGGGAAAUUAGGAUUCAAAAUAGGUUUAAAACAUCUUUAAACCCGAACAACUGGAUUAAGUGCCUACUUAGGAAGGAAAAAAAGCUCAGAUUCCAAACACGAAAUGAUUUGACCUGUGUGAGUCUGGCAACUUGCAUGAUUUUGCAACAUGAGGGGA